AUGCAGCAUUCGGAGGCACACACGCAAUGGCAAGACACUCCAACGCGGUUGUGGACCUCGAGAUGCGGCCCUGGGACUGUCAAGGAGCAACCGCCUGUUCCAAUGUCCACGGCGUUCCCCGGGCCGUUAUCCACCAGCACUCCACCGCUGCCGCUGCCACCACCACUGCCACCUCUGCAGCCGCUGCCGCAGGAUGUUCCACAGCAGGCCAUCUUGGGGAUGCGAAGAGAGUCUGAGAAGUUGAACAAAAUGUUAGAGUGCAUACAGGAUCUCAGGAGACGUGCUGAGGAGAAAUGCCCUGACUGGUAUUCGGGGACAGAACCCCAAUUCAUGAUCACGAUCACAAUCAGCAUGUAUUAUGUGAACAACGGCCAUUAUGUCUUCAUCUCAGUAUUAUCAGUCUGUGAGAUCAAUCUACUCUCUUCACAUCCCCAAGAUGGCCUGCUGUGGAACGUCGUGUGGUACCGGCUGCGGAGGUGGCAGUGGUGGUGGCAGCGCAGCGGUGGAGUGCUGGUGGAUAACGGCCCUGGAAACGCCGUGGACAUUGGAACAGGCGGUUGCUCCUUGACAGUCCCAGGCCGCAUCUCGAGGUCCACAACCGAGUUGGAGUGUCUUGCCAUUGCGUGUGUGCCUCCGAAUGCUGCAUGCCGUCUGGUGGCUGUUGUGGUGGGCAUGGGGAAAAAUGGUCCGGGCUCCAGAGUAGAUAUCUCCCCCAACUCCUAUCGGGUGGUGAUGCCAGGUGCCUAUUUGUGCAGCAGUGUCCAUUGUACCAGAGCGGCUACCUCCUGCUGCUGUGACCCAUGCUGUGGGCCGUGCUAAGCUCCAAGGAGGUGUGUCCAUGGAUCGGAGAAGACCCAGGAACGGAAAUCGAUAUGGCUGAGCAAGAUGGACUUGAUUUCAGAAAGUGUGGAGCACCUGCUGCUUCUGAUUCAAGUGCGAGGCUUCUUGGGUCUCCACUCUCUUUGACAAUCUUGUCCGUCUACGCCUUCCUCUUCUUCUAGAGAAGCAGUAGCUAUUUGUAGUCCCUUCAUCCUCUGUAGAACUCCUCUAAUCUUUGAUAUCCUGCCUCUCUAAUAUCUUAGCCUUCUCCCAUAGGCUGGUGAUGAUUUUCUUUGUUUGAACAGACAUCCCAGAAUCUCUUCAUCCUUCUCUCUCUGCAAUUGUACACAUCUUUCAUGUUUUCUCAUUAAAAUUAGUCAUUGCAUCAA